GGAGCAGAAACCGACGCGAGGAAAACGGGUGGCGGCCGCGGAUAGUUUGAGUUAGGAAAGGGGCCCCGAGUCUCGGAGGCUGCACCGGAAUCCGAACCUUUGAAGAGUGUUUCUUUUUGGGCCGGCAAGAGAGCAAAAUGAGCUGGGUGGUGGAAGAAUGGAAAGAAGGCCUGCCCACCAGAGCUCUUCAGAAAAUUCAAGAACUCGAAGGACAGCUGGACAAGCUGAAGAAAGAAAGGCAGCAAAGGCAGUUUCAGCUGGAAACUCUGGAGGCCGUGCUGCAAAAGCAGAAACAGAAGGUUGAGAAUGAAAAAACUGAGGCCACAACCCUUAAGAAUGAAAAUCGAAGCUUGACGGAAAUAUGUGAGAACCUGGACAAGGCUAAGCAGAAGAUUUCUCAUGAACUUCAGGUCAAGGAGGCACAAGUGAAUUUGCAAGAAGGACAGCUGAGUUCAACCAAAAAGCAAAUAGAGAAAUUGGAACAGGAACUGAAGAGCUGUAAAUCUGAACUUGAAAGAAGCCAGAAAGCUGUGCGGCCUGCAAAUGUCUCUGGGAGUGCAUGUGACACACCACAAAAACUGUUCACGACUCCAAUAACUCCAAGUCAGUAUUAUAGCGGUUCCAAAUAUGAAGAUGGAAAAGAAAAAUAUGAUAAAGAAGUUGAAGAACGGAAAAGAUACGAGGCAGAGGUGAAAGCCUUGCAGGCAAAAAAAGCCAGCCAGGUCGUUCCACAAAACACCAUGAAUCACCGGGACAUCGCCCGGCACCAGGCCUCCUCCUCCGUGUUCCCAUGGCAACAAGAACAGACCCCAAGUCGUCUUUCUUCCAAUGCUCUACAGACUCCCAUUAGGAGAGGUUUCUCUGCAUCUCGCUUUUCCCGGGAACAAGAAGCGACUCCAAGUAGCAGAUCAGCUCUGCCAGUAGGGCAAAGAGGUGCUGAUAGCAGCUUCUGUGAUAAUGCUAGCAGUUCUCAACUUUUGGAUCAACUAAAAACACAGAAUCAAGAGCUAAGGAGCAAGAUUGGCGAGUUGGAACUACAACUCCAAGGACAAGAAAAAGAAAUGAAAGUCCAAGUGAAUCAGUGUCAAGAACUGCGGCUCCAACUGGAGAAAGCAAAAACGGAAUUAAAUGAAAAAGAGAAAGUUUGGAAUAAAAGUAGGGCCGAACUGACAGCACAGUAUGACCAGGCAUCAGCCAAGAGUACUGCAUUGGAACAAAAACUGAAAAAAUUGACCGAAGAUUUGAGCUGUCAGCGACAGAAUGCAGAGAGUUCCAGAUGUUCUCUGGAACAGAAACUCAAGGAAAAAGAAAAAGAAUUUCAAGAGGAGCUCUCCAGUCAACAGCGUGCCUUCCAAAUCUUGUACAGAGAGAGCUCACAGGUGAAAGGCAGACUCACACAGGAGCUGCAGCAGGCCAAGAACGCUCGCAACAGCCUGCAGGCAGAGCUGGAUAAAGUCACAUCAGGAAAGCACCAGUUGGAAAGAGAAUUGGACGAGUUGAAGCAACAUUUCAGCCGAUCCCAACAGGCCUUCCGGGCGAGUCAGACCGCGGAAAGUGAGCUGCGGAGGAGCAGUGAGGAAAUGAAGAAGGAAAACAGCUUCCUCAAGAGUCAGUCUGAGCAAAGUGCCAGAGAAGUCUGCCACCUGCAGGAAGAACUGAAGAAGACCAAGCAGUGUUUGAGUCAGAGCCAGGAUUUUGCAGAGGAAAUGAGGGCUAAGAAUGCUUUUCAAGAAACCACAUUAAGAGACCUCCAAGAAAAAAUCAAUCAACAAGAGAAUUCCUUGACUUCAGAGAAACUGAAGCUUGCCUUGGCUGACCUGGAAAAGCAGCGCGAUUGUUCUCAAGACCUUCUGAAGAAAAGGGAAUGUCACAUUGAACAACUAAGCAAAAAGUUAAGCAAAACCGAGAGAGAGUCUGAAGCUUUACUGAGUGCUUUGGAGUUAAAAAAGAAAGAAUACGAAGAACUGAAUGAAGAGAAAACUCUAUUUUCUCACUGGAAAAGUGAAAAGGAACAACUCAUAAAGCAGAUGAAAUCAGAAAAUGAAAUCUUGCAGAGUAAAGUCAAUCAGUUGGAAACUUGUCUGAAGACACAAGAAACGAGGAGCAACGAAUACAGCGAGAGAGUCAGCGCGCUGGAGGUGGAGAGAGAAAGCCUGAGUGCGGAGGUGAGGGACCUUUGCCGUGUCAUCGAGAACAAGACAGUGGAGGUGGAGACGCAGAAAGAAGCGCAGGUAGAACUCCAGCAGAAAGCCGAGUUGUCAGACCAGAAACAUAAGAGGGAAACGGAAAGCAUGUGUUUGAAGGUUUCUGAGCUUUCCGAGCAAGUUGAAGAUCUAAAGCAGAAGCUUCAACUGCUGUCAAGUGAAAUAACGGACAAAGACCAGCGCUACCAAGACUUGCAGUCUGAGCAUGAGAGGCUCCGGGAGCUGCUAACGCCUAGUGAUUCCUUGCUGACAGAUGAGGGUCAUCACCGAAGUCUUCUGGCUUCCGAGCAGCAGUCUGAAGCUCUCCAGGGCAGAAGCGACAGCUGUGACACAAGUGGAUCAGAAGAAAGUGCUUUGGAAAGCAAAGACAGAACACCCAAGCAGGAUCUUCAUCUGAUCUGUGACAAAGAUGUCCAGCAGGACCUCAGCCCAGAGAUGGAGAAAGUCACCAAGACUGCAGCAGUCAUGCUGGCGGGAGAAGGUUCUCAGGAGCAGCCCCCAGAAACCAGUUCCGAUUCCCUAGUGGAGGACAAAGCGCAGGACUUGGCAGGGUGCAUUUCUGAAUUGUCGCUUUCUGGUCCUAAUGCUUUGGUGCCUAUGGAUUUUCUAGAGACUCAGGUAACCAUUCAGAAUCUCCAACUACAGGUAAAAGAGACAUCAAAUGAGAGUUUGAGGUUACCUCAUGCCAUAGAGGAAUGUGACAAAAAUGUUGAAAUUUUGCUAAGUGAAACAGAAGAGUCAGACUCAAAACUCAAUGUACAGGAAGUACAACUAGCUACCAAGAUUGAAACAUGCAGAGAACUGGGGAAGACAGUUGAGGAACUUAAGAAAGAAACACCAGACUUAAUGGAAAAAUUGGAAUCCUUUUCUUGUGAUAACCCGGAGUUCCACCAGGGAGGUGAAAGUUCAGCAGGCCUCAACGCUAGUUCAGAAAUGGGCACAGCUGAAUUGUCAGCUGAAGUUACCGCAGAUAAUGUAGCCGAGGUGAAUGACAAUUGGAGAGAGAGGUUUCUCGGUGUGGAAAGUGAGCUGGAGAGGAUCAAGUCUGAGCAAGGCAGCAUCGAGCACCGGGCCCACUCUGUGGAAGCCGACUUAGCGAGAGUUCAGACAGAGAAGCUGCUUUUAGAAAAAGACAAUGAAAAUAAGCAGGGAGUCAUAAGCUGUCUGGAGGAAAAACUCUCUGUGGUCACCAGGGAGAGAAACCAGCUUCAUGGAGAAUUAGAUACUUUGUCAAAGGAAAACAAAGAACUGCGCCUGACAUCCGAGAAGGUGGAGGAGAAAAUACGAGAGCUGGAGUUUCAUCAAGGAGAGUGUCUGUCUCACAUCGACGUGGUGGAAGCCGAGGUGAAGGAAAAGACACAGCUCCUUCAGACUUUGUCCUCUGACCUAAGCCAGCUGGUAAAAGAGAAAGCCCACCUGCAGGAGCAGCUGCAGAGUUUGGAAAAAGACUCACAGGCACUGUCUUUAGGGAAAAAUGAGCUGGAAGACCAAAUGGGGCGGUUGAAGAACGAGAAAGAAUCGCUGGUAAGGGAAUCUGAAAGCCUGCAGAACACAUUACGUGAACUGGAACAGGAAAAGCUGGCUGUCACUAAAGCCUUGGAGGCUGCGAGAACAGAGAAAGGCGAGGUCGCCGUGAGGCUGAGCUCAACCCAAGACGAGGUGCACCAGCUGAGAAAGGGCAUGGAGACACUGAGGGUCCGCAUCGAGGCUGACGAGAAGAAGCAGCUCCACAUCUUGGAGAAACUGAAAGAAAGUGAGAGUAAGAAUCAUUCACUUCAGGAUAAAGUGGAGAACCUCGAAAGCGAAUUGCAGAUGGCGGAAGAAAACCAAGAGAUGGUGAUUCUUGAUGCCGAGCAUUCGAAAGCGGAGGUGGAGACCCUAAAAACACAGGUAGAAGCGAUGACAGAACACCUGAACACUUUAGAGUUGGACCUCGUCACGAUCAGGUCUGAAAAGGAAAAUCUGACCCGGCAGCUGCAAGAAAAACAGGGUCAGGUGUCUGAAUUGGACGCGUCACUCUCUUCACUUAAAAACAUGUUAGAAGAAAAGGAGCAAGAAAAAAUGCUGAUGCAAGAAGAGUCCAAAGCUGCAGAGGAAACGCUGGGAAGAGAAUUGGAAGAGCUGACGAAGGAGGUGGCAGCCUUGUGUGAGGACUCAGACGCCAGGAAGGUCCUGGAACAGAGCUCCCCAGUGCAGAGAGUGCAGCAGCUGAGCGAGAGCGUCAGAAAGCUGAGAGACCAACUAGAGGAAAACGACAAGAAGCAGAUCGAACUCUUAGGAAAACUGCAAGAAACUAAGCAUCAAGCUGAUAUGCUUAAGGGGGAAGUCGAUCAACUUGAAGAAGAACUAAAGAAGUCCAGAAAAACCCACGAGCAUGUGACUCAGGAGGCGGAGGACUCCAAAGCAGAGGUAGAGAAGCUAAGAGCCAAAAUAGAGGAGAUGGCCCAACGUGUGAGAGAUCUGGAAGCAGAUCUUGGCAACCUGAGGUCAGAAAAAGAAAAUCUGACAAAAGAAUUACAAAAAGAGCAAGGACGCGUGUCUGAAUUAGAAAUAUUAAAGUCUUCAUUUGAAAAUCAAUUGCAAGAGAGACAGCAGGAAAUCGUUCGGCUGAAAGAAGAAUCUAGAAUUGUCGAGGAGAGGCUUCAAACACAACUUACAGAUCUGCAGGAGAAACUGUCCCUCUUGUGUGAUGACCAGGGGACCUGGAAGGCCAGAGAACAGGAUCUUAGUGGUCAAAUAACUAAUCUUGAACUUGAGAAGUCUCAGUUGCUGCAAGGCCUUGACCAGGCCAGAAGUGAUUGCAUUACUUUGCAGUCUUCUGUGAACGGCCUCAUUCAAGAAGUAGAAGAUGGCAAACAGAAGCUCGAGAAGAGGGACCAAGAAAUCAGUUUACUGAAACAUCAAAUUCAAGACCAAGAGCAGCUUGUCUCUAAGCUGUCCUGGCUAGAAGAAGAGUCCCAAGUUAUGAAGAAGGAAAAAGCAGAACUGGAGAGUCUGACCGUGGAACUGGAACAGAAGAUCCAAAGGCUGCAGUCCAGAAAUGACACUUUGCAGGACACCCACAAAGUGCUGCAGAACUCCUACAGGGACCUGCAGGAAGAGCUUGAAUCGAUGAAAAUGGAACAGCAUUCCUAUGUGGAAAGAGUAAACUCCUUGACUUCGAGGGAAACGGAGCUGCAGGGGAAAGUGCACGAGAUAACACAGAAAAUGACGGACUUGACAGAAGAAUUCAAUGGGGAGAAACAUAGGCUAACUGAAGAAUUAAAUGUAAUGUUGGAAGAAAUGAAGCCCAAAGAAGGCCAAUUGAAGGAACUCAUGCUAGAAAAUAGUGACUUGAAGAGGAGAUUGGACUACGCACACAAAGACCAGAUGGAAAAGCAAGAGCAAAUGAGAGAGGAAAUAGCUGAAUAUCAGCGACAGCUUCAGGAAGCUGAAAAGAGACAUCAGACUUUGCUUCUGGAUACAAACAAACAGCAUGAAAUGGAAAUCCAGACAUAUAGAGAGAAACUCACUUCUACAGAAGAAUGUGUCAGCUCGCAGAAGGUGGAGAUAGACCUCUUGAAGUCCAGUAAAGAACAGCUCAGUAAUUCUUUGAAAGAAAACACUGAGCUUUUAGGAGAAUUGAUAAAAACCAAGAUGGAUAAUCAAACCCAUAUAAAGGAAAAGACAUGUGCCCAGGGGAAGAUGGAUAUUUUGCUCAGACACCAUAAGCCGAUGGAGGAGGAGGAGAAGGAGCAGUUGCAGAAGGAGCUGUGUCAGCUUGAAGAAGCUGCGCCAGAGAAGCAGAAACCAGGUGCUCUGGUGGAUGCGCGUGUAGAUGAACUGAUGACGGAGCUGAAAGAACUGAAAGAAACCCUCGAGGGGAAAAGCAAGGAGGCAGAAGAGUACUUGGACAAGUACUGCUCCCUGCUUAUAAGCCACGAGAAGCUGGAGAGAGACAAAGAGAUGUUAGAAACACAAGUGGCCCGUCUGAGUUCACAACAAUCUCCACCGACUGUCCAGACUCCCCCUUUGCUAAAGUCAGUUGACCCAGAGUCACCUCCAGUCCCUUGUGUGACUGAAAGGAAGGGAUCAUCCGGCGGAAGGAAAGCUUCAGGCAAGAGGCAGAGGUCCAGCGGCAUUCGGGAGAAUGAGGGAGGAGCAGCGCCUUCCCCACCACACACGUUUCCUAAAAGAAGCCAGAAGGCGGCCAGAAGGGGCACACCCCCUGCAGAGGAUGCAGAAGACACUGAGUUUGAGCCCGAGGGACUUCCAGAAGUUGUACAGAAAGGGCUUGCUGACAUCCCAACGGGAAAGAUGAGCCCCUUCAUCCUGAGAAGAACAACCAUGGCGACCAGGACCAGCCCCCGCCUUGCCGCUCAGAAGUUAACACAGUCCCUCCUAAAUAUCCACAAAGAAAACCACGCUGGGGCCUCCCAGCCAAGAGCUGCUGGCAGCAGAUCGCAAAAGGUCAAGGUCACUCAGCAAAGCCCCUCGGAUUCAGGCACCAUCCUCCAAGACCCUUCAGCCAGACCUCUCUCGGCCAGUAACAUCCCUAAGAGACAGUGGGCCAGCAGCCCCAGCGAGGGCCUGAAGUCCAAGCGAGGCUGCCCCGCGCCCAGCUCGGAAGCUGGCACCGAGUCCCAGGAAAACUGUAGGAUCCAGUAGAGGGGACCUUGUGUGUUGGGGCCCCUGGCAGGUGGCCGCAGUUGGGGGGAAACCAGUGUGCCCACAGGGGCUUGUCUUUACUCAGGGACACAUUAUCAGUAGGAAGAAAGCAAUUUCUGUAAAAUGUACAUACACUGUACUCUUCAGAUCUCCCACUGAAAAGUCUGGAAGCCCUGGUCACCCACCUAUUUCUUCCUGAGGUGCCUCCCCCGUGCUGUGCUCCACAGCAGAGUGGAAAGCGUUUUGGGAACAUUAUACUGGAGAGGCAAGCACUGUAUGAUAACUUCCGUUUGUAUGUGUGGGUUUUAAAGAUACAAAACAAUUUAUACUUUCAAUUAACUGCUCCUAGGAAAACAUAAACUUGCCUCGUGCUAUUUCCGACGUACUAUUCCUUGUACUAGACAUGAAAUACUUUCAGAGAACUUGUUAGAGCUGAGUCAAAUGAAGGAAGGCCCUGUUCUAUGUUUUUAAGGAAAAUGUGCUCAAAUAUUCACUGUGGCAGCCUGGUUGCUGGCCCCUCAACAUGUAAUGUAUGAAAUGUUCUGCUAUGGAGAUGGGUUCUUUGAAAAGGCCAAUUUGGUGUGCAUUCCCCCACAUGGUGAUGUUGUAUUAAAACAAGGCAUUUUGUUCUCAUAAAGCUUACCUCUGUUUCUGUAAAAAUGAUUCCUAAACUUAAAUGCACUAUGAGCAUUGGGACCACUUGUUGCAGGUAUGCGGUAUUUUCCAGGUCACAUCCGUGACAGGGUUCUGAAAACAUGCAGGUAUUACGAGCCAUUCCAAAUCUAACAAUUCUGCAGCGAGUCCUUUUGUCCUUGAAUCAGGGAAUCAAAUGUUUCCAGGACAUGAGGUAGUAAAAGAUGAUUUGCUCUUGGCUUUUGGUUCAGACUGGUGUAGACAACUUGAGCAGUACUCUCACAUACUGUUUAAAACUGUCUUUUGUAAGGUGGACUCCAUUGUUGUCUAAUGCUUUGGUAAUAUGAAAGUACUUAGUAUUCAUCUACUAAAAGUCGACAUCCUUGCUUUCUUCCUGCUUCUUCAGUCACUUGAGAUUCGGGUGUGAUGCAAUGAUGUCCAUGUCAUCACUCCUCCCAAGGCUGCCAUGAGGUCAAGGGCGUGGCCCGUCACACAGUGCUGGGACCAGGCCAUCAGCUUUAUUGGCUGUCCCCAGUUAGUGGAAGAUUGCACUCACUAGGUCUGGCUGAGUAGUUCUGUGGGACCUGGAAAACCUCUUCCUCUUUGUUGGGGUGGACUGUAGCUGCUGCUCCCUCCUGGUUAGGGGGAAUACUCGGCAUGCCUUCCAUUUUCAAGUUCACAGCCUUAUAAACAAACAGCCAGGACAUUAUUCCUUUCCUCGAGCUAACAACACUCAUAGACGAGGAGCUGAGCUGCAUAUAUGAUGAAAAGUGAACAUGCUGCAGUCCCGGCUCUGAUAUAAGCAGUGGAGUCACAAAUACCAGCACAGCUGACACAUCGAGGGGGAACUAGACCAAGUCCAUACAGGUCUAGGAAUCCAAUUCUCCUCUGUACAAUGUGGGGUUGGCUGAGACCAUGUGUUUCAUCUUAAAUAUUCUGCAGGAACUGAGAUGGUUCUCUGUUUUUGGGGAAUCAUCAAGAGUCCAAAGGGGCUGCAUCUUCAAUGAGAAGGAAAAAAAAACCAACAUUUCAUGUAGCCAGAUUUCCUAAAAGUCACUUCUGCACACACUUACCUUCUUUGAGAUUUCUCUGUGGUUUUUCUCACUUGAUGCCAGCCCCUGUUAUUGGAACUGACAUUUGCACAGAUUUGUUUGGACCUGAGAGGAACUCAGGGCAUAUCUUCACAGGGCCAGGUGGGGAGAUGUGUGCUGCUUCCAUUGUUCUGAGUCCUGCACAUAGCAGGAAAGAACAUCGGUCCUACAAUUCCCAA